GGCUCGGCUGCGCGGCUCGGUUCGGCUGCUCGGCUGGGCUCGGCUGCGCGGCCGCGAACGGGCGUGCGCGGGGGGCGCGGGGCACGGGCGCGGGCCUCGGCGGCGGCGGCGGCGGCGGCGAAAGCCUGGUGCCCCCGCCCGCCCUGUCCUCUUGACGAGGCUGAGGCAUAGCCGCGGCCAGGCCUCGGACGGCGGACGCGGUCGCGAGCGCGCGGAGGGCGACGGGGCGCGGGGGGCGCAGAGCAGCGCGGCCCGCCGGGGGCGCCGCCGGCCCGGUCAGCGCGGACGGCGCUCGGCUGACGCGGACGCACGGCUGGCCGCCCCUCCCUGCCCGCGCGCCCGGGCGCCCACUCGCCGGCGCGGGGCCCGGGAGCGAUGACAUCGACGGGGAAGGAACGCGGGCGCGCACGCGCAGUAUGUGGGGCCCUACCGGCUGAGAAGGACGCUGGGCAAGGGCAGACAGGCCUUGUGAAGCUAGGGAUUCACUGUGUCACAUGCCAGAAGGUUGCCAUCAAAAUCGUCAACCGGGAGAAGCUCAGUGAGUCGGUGCUGAUGAAGGUGGAGCGGGAGAUAGCGAUUCUGAAGCUCAUUGAGCACCCGCAUGUGCUGAAGCUGCAUGAUGUCUACGAAAACAAAAAAUAUUUAUACUUGGUGCUAGAACAUGUGUCUGGGGGGGAGCUGUUCGACUACCUGGUGAAGAAGGGGCGGCUGACCCCCAAGGAGGCCCGCAAGUUCUUUCGGCAGAUCAUCUCGGCGCUGGACUUCUGCCACAGCCACUCUAUAUGCCACAGGGACCUGAAGCCCGAAAACCUGCUGCUGGACGAGAAGAACAACAUUCGUAUUGCGGACUUCGGCAUGGCGUCCCUGCAGGUUGGUGACAGCCUGCUGGAGACCAGCUGCGGGUCUCCCCACUAUGCCUGCCCAGAGGUGAUCCGGGGGGAGAAGUACGAUGGCCGCAAGGCGGAUGUGUGGAGCUGCGGCGUCAUCCUGUUUGCCUUGCUGGUGGGGGCGCUGCCCUUCGACGACGACAACCUGCGGCAGCUGCUGGAGAAAGUCAAGCGUGGUGUGUUCCACAUGCCGCACUUCAUCCCGCCCGACUGCCAGGGCCUGCUGCGGGGCAUGAUCGAGGUGGACGCGGCGCGGCGUCUCACGCUAGAGCACAUUCAGAAACACAUAUGGUAUAUAGGGGGCAAGAACGAGCCGGAGCCAGAGCAGCCCAUCCCACGCAAGGUGCAGAUCCGCUCGCUGCCCAGCCUGGAGGAUAUCGACCCAGAUGUGCUGGACAGCAUGCACUCACUGGGAUGCUUCCGAGACCGGAACAAACUGUUGCAAGACUUGCUGUCUGAGGAGGAGAACCAGGAAAAGAUGAUCUACUUCCUUCUCCUGGACCGGAAAGAAAGGUACCCCAGCCACGAGGACGAGGACCUGCCCCCCAGGAAUGAGAUAGACCCUCCCCGGAAGCGCGUGGACUCCCCAAUGCUGAAUCGGCACGGCAAGAGGCGGCCUGAGCGCAAGUCCAUGGAGGUGCUCAGUGUGACGGAUGGCGGCUCCCCGGUACCUGCACGGAGAGCCAUUGAGAUGGCUCAGCAUGGCCAGAGGUCUCGGUCUAUCAGCGGUGCCUCCUCCGGGCUUUCCACGAGUCCACUCAGCAGUCCCCGGGUGACCCCUCACCCCUCACCAAGGGGUAGUCCCCUCCCUACCCCCAAGGGGACGCCCGUCCACACGCCAAAGGAGAGCCCGGCUGGCACGCCCAACCCCACACCGCCGUCCAGCCCCAGCGUUGGAGGGGUUCCCUGGCGGACGCGGCUCAACUCCAUCAAGAACAGCUUCCUGGGCUCGCCCCGCUUCCACCGCCGGAAACUGCAAGUUCCGACACCAGAGGAGAUGUCCAGCCUGACCCCAGAGUCCUCCCCAGAACUGGCCAAGAAGUCCUGGUUUGGGAACUUCAUCAACCUGGAGAAGGAGGAACAGAUCUUUGUGGUCAUCAAAGACAAGCCCCUGAGCUCCAUCAAGGCUGACAUCGUGCACGCCUUCCUGUCGAUACCCAGCCUCAGCCACAGCGUCAUCUCCCAGACGAGCUUCCGGGCUGAGUACAAGGCGACAGGGGGCCCAGCUGUGUUCCAGAAACCAGUCAAGUUCCAGGUGGAUAUCACCUACACGGAGGGUGGCGAGGCCCAGAAGGAGAAUGGCAUCUACUCCGUCACAUUCACGCUGCUGUCAGGCCCCAGCCGCCGCUUCAAAAGGGUGGUAGAGACCAUCCAGGCCCAGCUGCUGAGCACCCAUGACCAGCCAUCAGCCCAGCACUUGUCAGACACCACUAACUGUAUGGAAAUGAUGGCGGGGCGGCUUUCCAAAUGUGACGAGAAGAACGGGCAGGCGGCCCAGGCCCCCAGCACACCCGCCAGGCGGAGUGCCCACAGCCCCUUGGGCGACUCCGUGGCCGCUGGCCCUGGAGGGGACAUCGAGUACCCGAUGGGCAAGGACGUGGCCAAGAUGGGGCUGCCCGCCGCCCGCCGUGAGCAGCCUUAGACACUAGUCCCUUCCCAGCACAGCACUGAUGCGGCAGUCACCGC